AUGCAGAGACAAAGAAAACGGGCGGCACAAGGUGGACGAAAAAUUGGUUUCCCAAUGUUGGAGAGAAUAGAUGAAGCCCAGCUCCAUGUUGCAGUGGGUAACAGAUGGCGCUUCAAGAAGGACCAAAGACUCGAAGACCCGGAGGCUCAAGACCCGGAGGACCAAGACCCGGAGGACCAAGACACGGAGGACCAAGACACGAAGGACCAAGACACGAAGGACCAAGACACGGAGGACCAAGACACGGAGGACCAAGACACGGAGGACCAAGACACGGAGGACCAAGACACGAAGGACCAAGACACGAAGGACCAAGACACGAAGGACCAAGACACGGAGGACCAAGACACGGAAGACCAAGACACGGAGGACCAAGACACGGAGGACCAAGACACGAAGGACCAAGACACGAAGGACCAAGACACGAAGGACCAAGACACGAAGGACCAAGACACGGAGGACCAAGACCCGGAGGACCAAGACACGGAGGACCAAGACACGGAGGACCAAGACACGAAGGACCAAGACACGAAGGACCAAGACACGAAGGACCAAGACACGGAGGACCAAGACACGGAGGACCAAGACACGAAGGACCAAGACACGAAGGACCAAGACACGGAGGACCAAGACAGAGGUCACUGA